AUGCGCGUUACCGGAGGGAGAGAACCAGUCGGUAUGACUUGUGUCAGCAGCUCUGGUUCAGUUUGGGAGCCCUGCUGGAUCCCCUCAGGUUCAGUCCUCCUCGACAGGUCAGUACCACGGGAUAGACGGAGGGAUGAGUACUAGGUGUGUGUUUGAAACGGAUUUGAAGACAGUUUACUUCAACAAUUCUGUUCUGCAAUGAUUAAUCAAUAAAUCGGUUAUUUCAUUGAAGGAAAACAUCAUGAAAUGUUUUGAUCGUUGUGCUUUUUGUGGUUUUAUAAAUGAAAUAUGUUACUUUUCCAAGUGCUGGUUAAAUAGAUAAAAAGAAGCAAUUUUGAAGAUUUCACUUUGGGCUCUUGAACAUUUGUUGGACAAAAUUGUUUGAAUGAUUUGUUGGAAAACACAUUAGAUUGCGUAUUUGAUGCUGAAAAAGUCUGUUAUUGUUUGACAAGGAGUUGAACUUUCUCCCAGUGAUAUACGGUAUAACUUUGUUUUACAAUGAGGUGCACGCUUCUCUCUCUCUGACUGGCUGGAUCAAAGUAAAACUACAUCCUUCUGCUGAUUCUCAAUCAAAGAAGAAGAUGCCGGUUUUCAGAGCCCUGAUGAGUCACCGUCUCAUAUACAGAAGAUUUUUUUGUGGAUUUUUGUCGUUGUUGUUCUCGAUGAUGUUUCAGUUUGCUGGAGGCUCUCGUUGCGAUCAGCCCGAGCCAGGCCCUGUGAGCAGACAGCCACUCUCUGUGGCUUGGAUUGUUUUAUCAUCGCUCAAUAAAUACUGCAAACUGAGAAACAUUUCCCCAAACAUUUGUUUAUGCGUGGCUUCACACUUGCCUUAACACGACUGCACAGCAGGUUGGAAACUUUACUGUAUGAGUUCUGCCGCUGACAGCUGAGUAAGCUGUGAGAAAUCUGAGACUUCUUUCUUAUUCAGGGGCAAAAAGAGACGACUGUAGCUGUGGAAAUGCGCAAAGAUGCGGCUGUGCGGUGUAUUUUAUGUGCGUGUUUUUGUUGUUAUUGUUAAAUAGACCUGUUGUGCUUCAGCCGGCUGACAGAGACGUCUUCUGUCUUCGCUAGUUCCUGCAGGGAAGCUUCUGCCAUUACAGCUGUCAGUCUCAGCGCUGACAAUGAGAUGUCUUUAUUUGUUUAUCACCAAGUGAACCUGUUUAGAUGUUUAACACUUUAUCCUGCGGCUCAAACUGCUGAGACCUGCUCCUGGCACUCUCUCUCUGUCUAUUGUGCUUCCUCUGCUGUUCUGCCUCAGGCAAGAGUUGGAGAGCGACAAGAAAGAUAUAAACCCAACAAGCUCCUGUCGGGUGGGGUGUGGGGGGGCAGAGAGAAAGACAGAGGAAACAAAAGAAGAGAAGAAAGGGAGAACAACAGAAGGGAUUUGCAUCGCCAAUCCCCUGGGGGGGAAAUGUUGGGUUUUACGUGUAACAACUUGUUGGGUAACUGAGGUUUUGUGUGAAGUGAUUCUUGUGUCGUGGGAAGUGUAGAGUUUCAAGGUUGGCAGCGCUCACAGGAGAGGAGCUGAUUUUUAUCUGUUCCCUGUGACCACUGUCAUCCUCCAUCGCCCCCCUAUAAAUUCUCAGAGGGGACCGGCACGACUUUUACAGAGUGUGAGGAAGUCACAUUAAGCUGCUUUAAAAGGUCGGUCAACACAAUACCUCUCUUAUUCAGCAUGUAUACAUUUUCUGGUUGUAAAUUCACAUAUAAAGUAUUUUGUCAGGUUUAAAUUUGCUGACUAUUAACAAAUGCAGUUGAGUUCAUCCCUGAAGAAAGUCAUUUUGACUCAAAAAGGAACAAAAAUUAGUGAGAGAUAAAAAAGAUCUUGAUAUUUCUCAACACUUAUGAAAAUUUUUUAUCAGAAAAACUUUGUGUUUAACAUUUUUAUAACAUUUUUGUUAUUCAGCCUCUUUUCAUUUAUUAAGCACCUGUGAGGAACUGAAUGUCAGUUUUGGCGCCCCCUGUGGACAAAGCAGUCUUUUCUUGUUUGGAACUUUUCACCAGCAGAUCUCCCCUUGAUGACUUUUGAUAGUCAAAUAUAUUAGUUAUUGUGCAUAAUUCAUUCAUGUGGAAAUUAGGGCUGCACAGUUAACCAAUUUUAAAUCGUAAUCAGAUUAUUGGAUUAUGAUGAUGUUAAAAAAAUAAAAAUCGUCAAAUCGAUUCUCCUCUCUCUCAUGUCUCGCACCUCCAGGCCAACAUAUCGCUCACCAGUUCCCACACACACCAGUGUAAACAAACAUGGCGUUUGCAAAAGAAGGCGAUAAUUUCAUGGCUAAAUAGAGCAAGAGCAAGUCAGUCGUGUAGAAUUGGUACAGCUUCACAGUUUCGGGUGAAGAGCAAACCACUCCCUGCUGCGAAGUCUGUCUGAAGGUGGUAUCAACCUGUCCUGAAAUUAAUUCAGGAGUAAACGCAAAAGUUUUUUGUUGUAUCGGCGUUUCAUGUGACUGUAAAUGGUAAUUUUUGAAACUGGGUCAGAGAGUACAUAAAUACGUAAACAACUACCAUUUCAUCUCCGUGUGGAUGCCCGUCAGCGUCUCUCUUGAAACGAAUAUGUCACACUCAGCGUAACUCUUUCCAAAACUCCGACCAAAACAACCUUUAUACACAUGCUCCGUACUCUUCUUCUGUCUUUUGUGCAAUUCCUGUGCAGCAUUACAGCGUCACCUACUGGCUUGGCAUAUGCACUACAUCAUUAUUAGAGGUUUCAUUUUUAGAGAUGAUAGAAAAACGUUUUGUUUUUAAGUUGUAGUUGUCACUGAAUAAAAAAUUGAAAUCGAAAUCAAAAAUUAAGUUUUAAGAUUAAAAAAAAUCAGGAUUUUAUUUUUGGCCAAAGUCAUGCAGCCCUAAUUGAUACAAAAGAAAAAAUGAAGAAAAAAUCAUUUUUUCCACUUUUUUUUCUGCUGGCAGCCCACGUGACCUUCAUUUCAGAGUUUAAUGCUGCUAUAUUAGGAACGUCGUGCCAUGCUACCUUCUGUCGUUGUAACUGUAAAGUCUGUUUUACUGAUUGCCAAAGCCUGAGACAAGCAGAGCACACCUCCCCCUGUUUCUGGUGCUCUCAUGAAAAGCCAAGGCAGAGAGAGGAGCAGCAAAAACAUGGUAUGUCUUUUUUCUGAGAGCUCCCUGCCAGGAAUACCAACUACGUAAAACAAUGUGUGCACCAAUGUGGGCUCGAGAAACACAAAAUCUAGUGUAUCUCUGCAGUGCAGGUGUGUGUUCAUCACCUCAAAUUUGUUAUGGCACAUCAUAGGAAGCCAAGUGCUCUGGCAGGAGUUCAUCUCUGUGGUUUGGACUCAUAGCUGCAGUCAGUAAUAUCUUGUAAUUUUAUAUUUUUUUUAAAAUGGAGUGUGUAAUCGUGGUGUUUGGUCACUGUUUUCUUCUCGGGGUAGCUCAGCAGCUGCUCUGAGGUCUGUUUUAUAGCGAUUUCGUGGCGACAUGUGGUAAGCACCUAUAAAAGCUGAGCAACACUGCUGGUGGUCUGAAAACAGGCCUCAAUCUGAUAACCUCGUAGAAAGGCGAUGCUAUUUAAAUCACGCUUCACAUGCACUACAUACAUCGCCAAGGUCAGGUUCCACAUGGGUGCAGUCAGCUGCGGAUAGGCCAAGUGAGUGCUUAAGUAGAUGAGGCUGAUGUGAAGGAAACCAUAACCUUGACUGGUUUGUAUUGUUCUUGCUAAGACGCUGAAGGCAUUGUUUGGUGUUUGAGAAAAAAACCUUUGUGAUUGUAAAACACACACACACGCACCUUGACACAUUCCUUGCUGUCAGCAGCCCCGUGGGUCACUGAGAUUCUGUGCAUACCUUUGCUGUGGGUUACACACACACAUGCACACACACACACACACACACACACACACACACAGAGAGAGAGCCAGUGCAGAGGCGUGUGAAAGCCACCUGUGACAGCUCUGCUGUCCAGUCUCCGUGGAGUGUGGAGGGGAGACCCAGGAAUAACUUUCAGCGUGGGACAAAACUCUCCCUCUCUCUCUCUCUCUCUCUCUCUCUCUCUCUCUCUCUCUCUCUCUCUCUCUCUCUCUCUCUCUCUCUCUCUCUCUCUCUCUCUCUCUCUCUCUCUCUCUCUCUCUCUCUCUCUCUCUCUCUCUCUCUCUCUCUCUCUCUCUCUCUCUCUCUCUCUCUCUCUCUCUCUCUCUCUCUCUCUCUCUCUCUCUGUCUCUCUGUCUCUCUCUCUCACACACACACACACUCACACAAUCAACCCCUUGCUGGUAGUGUGGGGGCUGCUGAGAUGUUGGCUAAACAGCUUUAAACCACCCGUCUUCACCCCUCUAUCCUCAGUCCUCUUUCAUGCUCGGCCUAAACACAACCACACCUGAAAAUAGCAAUCAGACAGGAUUAGGCUGAUACACAUUCCCGCCGGUUUAAAGCUCCUCACAGCUUUGACAUGUUUAGAUCAUGGGACACCGAAAUUACAGAGCUAACCAGAUUUCUUUGUUUGUUGAGGAAACUUUUGGCCUGAGAAUGAGUCCAAACAGAAAUACACACACGCACACAUGACUGAGUGUAACAUUGUGUUCAGAGUCAACACCAGUCAGGCAGGUGCAUCAGGAGAGUUGGAGUGCUUGUGUUGGCCCUGUGUGUAGUAUUAAAUGUGCUUCAGUGCGUUUUAGUUUCCAUCAGCUGUGUGAGAUGGUUUGAUUAUGACUCAGAGUUGAACCCGCGUACACACAUGAGAAAACACACACACAAACACACACUGUUUGUGCAGGUUUAGAGCUUUGGCAGUCAAGUGUCGAAACUCAGUUUUAACACUAUUGUGCAUUUGGCAAAAUCCUUUUUGUUCUUGUGGCUCGGAUGAAGAAAGCAGUGGGCCAAAUUCGAGUUAAUGUGGUUCUCAGUGUUAGCAAAGGUGCUUGUCUGGUUAAUUUGCCAAAAGGCCCUGAGUGACUGAAAAGUGAGGACAUGAUGUAACAGAAGGAUGUGGGUUAAUUGUGCCCUUUUCUUUUGAUUGAUUUGGUGUUAGAUACAGUUCAGCAUUUAUAAAUCAACCACCAUCAUAAUGGUCAUUUUGUACAUUUAGAUCUUUGUGGACAAACUUGUAUGGUUUUAAAAAAGACCCCUGCAUACACGAAUCAAACUGACAGCUAACAAAUUAAAGGCACAGUGCAGAGUUUUAAUGUUGUGUUGAUUCUAGUGACCCCGUUUCAAAAACUGAAGGAGGACUGCAUUUCCCAUGAGCACUAUCACCCACUGUUGUUAAGUGCCAAAGCCGAUACAGAUCUUUUUUCGACUAUUUUUGUUUGUUCAAUAAACUUUAACAGAGUGAGCUGCUGCACUGAUUUGAGGCUGUAUAAUAUUACUGAAAAUAAUGUGACGACAACAAAACUCUUGGUUAACUCAUAGAAGUUGAGCAGAUAUACCAGUUUAACAUUACCCUUCAUUGUCCCAGGUGUUACAUGAAUAUGUUGUCCUAAAUCAUGAUCCAUAAAUCAGUCAUUUCAUAAUACAAUAAUCAAUUAGUUCACAUUUUAAAGCUUUUUAAUAACUCAGGGAACACACCAUUUCAAAUGAUCACUGAGCUGUUCCAUAGUUUGACUCUUUUCAGUGGAGUGAAAAAGGUGUUGGUUCUCCGCUUAUUCACUAUUUUGGCGUCCACAGAUAGUAUCAGUAAUAAGUCAUAAACGUUUAGAAUAAAGAAUAAAAUUUAGUCCUACAUACCUGAACCAUCAUCCACCUUUGCCCUGCAUGGCAGUUCUUUUAGAUUUACUGAAUCACUAGAAUCAGUUCACUAAAAAGAUUCGUUAAAAAGAUUCGUUCACCGAAUCAUUCAGACUUGCACUCAAACACAACAAAACCCCUAUCUCCCUCCGUCGCUCCUGUCAAGUUCUAGCUACAGCUGGUGAGUCUCACUCUCUUCUCAUUACUGCCACCCUUACGUUUUAAGUUUGUUUAAUUGAGAACUAAAUAAAACAACAGGGGACAACGGUCGCAAGUGUGUCCCUCAGACGAAUAUGAUCCCACCAAGUGAUUCGUUCACCGAGUGAUUCAGGCGUCCCUCCCUACCUGCAGCCGCUCACUGGCUGCUCGCCGGCAAUAGUGCUGCACUGCUAACAACUCAACUGAACUGAGAAACGAACCAAUCACUUGAGGGAGUGAUUCAUUUAAGUGCGUACGCUGAAAGGAUUCGCUCUUUUGAACGAAUCAUUGGCGAACGACACAACUCUAUUGCCUUCCUUCAGGCCAACAUUACUGUCAUUUUCCUCAUACUCACACUUUUCUUGUCAAUCCCACAAUGUAUUUUGAGUUUUGUCGGCGUGACUCUUGAUGUGAGCGUUACAUCGUGUGUCAUGGGUACAUGCUGUUAUAAAGAGGAACUGCAGUAUGGAGAGGGUGAGAAAAGGUGACGUGAAAAGCGGCUGCACUGUGUUCUCAAGCAUUCCUACUUACAUCAGUCAUCUACAUUGACUUUGAGGACCAUUACCUCAAAGAAGACAACUGGUCCCAAAUCAUACCUGCAAAAUAAGCAAUUUCUAUCAAGCACGGUGUAGCAACUUUUGAUUCUGAGUUGAAGGCCUUAUGUGGAGUUUUUGAGCAGCGAUGGGUGACACGUUUGCAUCCUGCGUCACAAAAAACACAUGGAUGACAUUUAUAUAGAUGCCUGCUACUUUAAGAAUGACAAUAGCAUAAUGUUACUAAGAGAGAUGGCAAUUUCCUCAGUUAUAAACAACAAAAAGAGAUCUAGCUUCCGCACAUAGAUGAGAACAGAGUAAACAAACGUCUUUCUUUGAGAAAGUGAAUGUAUUGAAUUUUGCCGGUAAGGUCUCAGGGAAACAAACAAUAUGUUUUGUUGGGAAACAAAGAAGGUAAACAUUGUGGUUCACUCGCAAGAAGUCUGUACACCUUUAAUUCUAAGAAGGUUUUCAGCGCUGAACAAUAAGUUGAUUGUGUUGGGACGUCACCCAUGAAUACAAUCAAUCAGACCGCGGCUUACUGGUGGUUUAGUCCAAAUCUCUGCGCCACAUUUCUCAUUGCCUUUGAGCCGAAGUCACGUAUGCACUCCUUGAUUGAUUGAUGCAUUGUUUCCUGUGUGGAGGACUGCAUUAAAGGUGGAAUUAACUGCAUCCCAGUUGUUUAGAAGAUCGGGUGGCCUCUAUGCUGCAGGAGUCUGACAUUGUGAUCCUGGUACUUGACUGUGUUUUAUGACUGCAGCUCACAUGCACACACAUGCAUAUACAUCAGAGAGGUUUUGGAGCCUUGGACCCUGGCAGACAGGUGGCUUUGUUCAGAAUCACAGUGUGCAGGCUGGGAGAGCUGGGUGAGGUGUGUGUGUGUGUGUGUGUGUAAGUGUGUGUGUGUAUCUAAUCAUUAUCAUGCUUUCCGCAGAAUGGUGGCGCUCUGCAUUUUUUGCCGUGUUCCCGAGUUGGUCGGCACAUUCCGCUGGCAUUGUUAUCCGGCCUGUUUCCUGCGGCCGGCUGCUUUUGUCAGCCUCUCCCCCAUUGUCCCGGCUUCCUUUGUUCCCCAGCUCCAACAAUGGCUUUUUUCUGCCUCUUAAUAUAUAUGUGCACUUUUUGCCCUUGUGUGUUCUGUUUGUUUUGUUCUGCUGUCUGCCGUGUUUUUCUUUCCUCUCGCUGUAGAGCUGGGAAAUAACACACACACACACACACACACACACACACUCAUAAAAACACACGCACACAAGCUUGAGUUGAUAUGUUCAAGUUCAUUGUGGUUCAAACUGUUCUCACUCAACCUGUCCUCUCUCCCUUUCUUCGUCACAGAGGCCUUGUCUGUCAGCUUCCCUGUAACCUCCUAUUAUUCACUCAUACACAAACACACACACACACACAGAUACAAACACACACACACUUGGCUCACUCCCAAGAGUCGGUAACAAAACCACUAAACACCUGAUGUGAAGGAUUCUGACCAAUUAAGGACUGGCUGGUGUGGCUCUUUAGAUGUUUCUGUUUGUUGAUGGAAAAGCUUAUUCAUUCAUUCAAUUGGAAUUGUUCAGCUUGUCUCAUAGAGCUUAAGGGCACCAUCAGAUUUUGUUAAGGCUGCAAAUACAACAUAUUAUCCCAGAGACAUGUUGCUGGGUUCAAGUGGUCCUGCAGCACCGGAGGGAUCAGGGUGAGAAAUGCAGAUUGUGCGCUGAAGAAGCAGGCAGGGCAGAACAGUUCUGUAUGUGGAGCUUUUGCUUUGUAUUUUCAUGAUGUGCCUCUCUGUGAAGGUCUGCCAAGUCUUUGUUGAAGUGAUGUUAGCCACUUGAACCUGAUUUCAGAUCGAUGUUUAUCAUGAAUCAAUCCUCGACUACAAGGAAGUGGUGAGAGCAUGACUUCCAUCAGCUCAUGUGAGACUGAUGAUGCACGUCUACUUUUGAUUUCUAAAGCAGCUCUCUCUUGUAUCCCCUUUCGUUUCUCUAAUCCCUAAUGAUAUCAACAACCAAAUUAAAAAUAACAUGGCAUGCGCCCAAACCUCACCACACCCAGAUGACACCCUCUUUUGAUGGCUGUGUGUUCGUCUUCUCACAGAAUGGUUGAGCCCAGCCCUCCAGCACUGCAACUUCUCUGUGGCGGGGAUGUCAGCAUGGCGGGUGUUGGUGUCAAAGUAGAACAGGAGGAGACCAGUGGAGUGGGCGGAGUCAUCGCCACCGUAGAACCGCUUAAAACAUCUCCCUCACGAGAUUGGUCAGCAAAUCAUCCACUCGAGGCCCGACAGCUGACCCCACCACUCUCCUGCUCCCCUUCGGUAAGGAUGGUGACCGAGUGAGAAAGUUUCAGAAAACCUGUCAAGUCUCCACAUCUGGAUAUGCAGGAAUAAAAUGUACUUUUCCAUGUUCUUCUUUGAUGCUUUGUGAAUAAACUGUCUUUUAACUGUCCUAACAGGAGGGCUCUCCAGGUAAGGAGCUGCCUCACAGGCAAAGCCCUGUGGGACUGAAGGAGGCCAGGACACAUGACAGAGCACAGGGACAAUCCAGCUUCAGGGAAGGUUUGUUCAAACUCUUUAUCAGGGUCUCUUAUCCACUUUGUGCUCUGCGGUGUCAGGAGGAGUGCUCAUAGAAACACAGCAGACAAUAAACUCUGAUCUGUACUGAGACAGUGCAUUAGAGGAGAUAAUGUCGUGACAUGCUCUUUAGGGAAACAUAGAAAUAAAGAAAAAAAAAACCUCUAAAGAGAAGAAGAAGAAGUUGAUCCCUGAAGGGAAAUUCAAGGCCUGAGGAAUAGAUUUGAAGUCUUUAUCUAGCCUAAUCAUCUCUGCUGUAAUCUGAUAUUGUGUUCACUAUUGUGAUAGAAUUAAUCUAAUCUGAAGGAUUUGUUUUGGGAUUAAGGCUCAACAUUUCACACAGUAAACUCUGCACCUAAACCCCAGGAAUCCUGAUUUGGUUUCAUUAUUAUUAUUAUAAUUGUUAUUGUUGCAUAAUUCUGAACCAUACCUGGAGCACAUAUUUAUUGAUUUAUCUUAGGACAACAACAACAACAAGAUGAUAGAUAGAUAGAUAGUUACACACUUUAUUGAUCCCAGAGGGAAAAUCUAAACCAGAGGCAGCAUCAAUAAAACACAGCACACAUUCCACAAAUACUGUGGCAAUACCUAAACUAAAUAAUAAAUAAAUAAAUCAAUAAGCCCAUAAACAGAAGGCAAUAAUAAUAAUAAUAAUAAUAAUAAUGAUGAUGAUAAUGAUAAUGAUAAUGAUAAUAAUAAUGAUAAUAAUAAUAAUAAUAAUAAUAAUAAUAAUAAUAAUAAUAAUAAUGAUGCCAUCGCCUCAUGUUGGCAUAUGUGAAGACUUCUUAUACAAGACAAUCACACUUUUUUUCAUUAGCAGUUCAAGCUACUUGAUACUUAAUUAUUUAUUUUCCAUUUUCCAACAAAACAUCCAAACGUAUGUUUAUGGACUAUUUGUUGUCCUAAUCAACACAUCUGAUAAGAUUUUAAAAGCUGUAUAUAAAACAAAUAAAAGUGAAUAAAGUAUUAAAUAAUAAGUUCCCUACAAGUUUGUUACAAGCUUAAGAUUAAUAUCUUCUGUAGUGUGUAAGUAAACUUUAUAAAUUCUGGUAAAGACUAAUAAAGAUCUCACAGACAUGUAUGAGUGUAUUGGAGUCUAUGACUGUGUUAUGAGCAACAAUGCGUGUUUUAGUCUUGCUUUUACUGGAGUUUUUAAAGACUUAUUAAUGUUUAUAAGAAUGAGGUCUUAUCAUGAUGGUCUUAUUAGAGGCAUAUUAUACAGAGUUUGCUGUGUACCAAAAUAAAUGCAUGGACAUGUUCAAUAAAAGCAUCCAGACUAAAUAGAAAGGCCGAGAGUUAGACUGUAUGUGUGGAGUAUUCUCAAACUAGAAUAGAAUUUAAAGAAAUAGAAACGUAUUGAACUGUUUAUUUGGGCUUGAGAUAAAUAAAUGAAUGAAUGAAAAAACAGAAAAAUAGAAAAGAAGAAGAAUAGACUAAAAUAGAUGGAUUAAAUAGAAUAGAGUAAAAUCGAAUAGAAUAAAUAGAAUGGGAUAGGAUAGGUUAGGGUAAGGUGGGGUAUACUAAAAUAUGAUAGUCAGGAAUGUGCUGUGGUCCCGUCUAACAGUCAUAUUAGAGUCCUGGGUUUGUAAAGUGCUCAGGUCACAACCAUAGAGGAACACCAAACUGUGAGAUGUGUACCGUCCACACAGAGCGUCUCUGUCUCUGGAAUGCAAAUAUUAAUCAACUCAAUCAAAUUAGUUAGAACGAUAAAAAUGAUUAGCUGGUCAUGAAUCAGUGAUGUCAGUAUGCCUUACCAGUCACUCUCACUUCUGCACCUGCUUCAUCUUUCUCCCUUACAACUAUAUAGAAACCUCCAUACAAUUUUCGCACCACCACACUUUGAUAACUCCAUAUCUUAUGUAUUUAAGUGCGCUUCGUUUUGUUGCUAUUCAACGUUAAACAAUGCAGUCUGCUGGAAAAUCGAUUCGUAAAAGUGACAGUUUGCUACCGAGGCGAGGGUGUUGUUUUGGUUCCUGAAUGGCUUCUGAGGGACCCGGGCGCUUUUUUUCUGUCUGGUUUUGUUCAGUCUUUCACGUACAGAGUAAGCGGCUGCUCCCUAACUCCCCCCUGAGACUCCCCCUGCCCUGAAGUCUUUCACCAGCCGACACUCCUUGCCUUAAAUUUUUCUCAAGUUCUCUCCACUAGCUGACCUUGAAUUGUUCUCUGUCCAAAUAUUGAUCCACUCAAACACUCAAAACUUCUCCCAGACGCACAAACAACCUCUGCCCUUCUUCAAUCAAUUCCAUUAGGAAGGCAGAGGAGAGGCUGAGAGAGUAGUUUGGUGUCAGAUGGAUUUUAUUUGACAGAAAACAUUUUUUAUGCCAUCUAGUGCAGCUCAGUGCGGUUCUGCUGAGCACCUGUUGUGUUCUGUUAACAGUAAUGCCCACCAUUGAGAAGCUGCUGAAUGCUGACUGGAAGGAGAAACUUCUGGAUAAAAGCACAGGGGGGGCAGGACAGCUGAAAGGUCAGCUUGCAGACACUACCAACAUCUUUACACUGUUUAUUUACCACUUUAAAACGCUCCCUGCUGGCAUGUAACUAUUGAAUUGUGCCAAGAUUUGACUCAGUUUCUCAAUUGAAGCAUGUUUUAUAACACUUUCAAGUUGGAUAACUUCAAGGUUGUUCAGAAUCGUUUCUUAAACUUUCAGUUUCUUGUCAAAUACUGAGACAAAAGGAUCUUGUAGGAUGCAGGUCUUUCUCUGACUGUUUAUUUAUAUAUACUUCAUUUUUUCCACUCAGACAGUAGGCUAAUGAAAAUAGAGGUGAAUGUGAAAGCAACAUUGAGUGACUCAUUAUAAAAUAACAUCCCAUUUUUGAAGUUAAUAUCUCUGUCUGGAGAGCAAAUAUCCCUCCUUUAAAUUUCCACUAGUUACAGUGCAACAUAAAUACUCAUACGGAGUGCUGUGUGUGCCCAUCCACUGACCUCAAUUGGUUUCUUCCACAUCCCAUCACAUUUUUAAUUUCUGUAAGGGAACCUUCCCAAAAAGAUAACUAAAGUUGUAUCUAGUCUAAUCUAAUCUAAUCUAAUCAUCAUUAGAAAACUAUGCAGUUCUUAAGUUGUCAAAUACCAAGUUUUAUUCCAUUAUAUAUUUGCAUAUUUCUUUAAUUCUUCGUCUUCCUGCUUUGUGUUUUUAAAGGAAUAUUCCAACGUAAAUUAGGGUUAAGGUCAAAAACACUAUAACACCGAGUUAGACACCUGGUAGAGAGAUAACUGUUGCCGACUGCUUGAUUCUCUAGUUAUACCAACUUUAGCAACGACUGCAAAUUUAUUUGAAGUUUAAGGGAGACGCUUGUUUGUGGGUAAGCCCUGACGAGUCGAUCACCGAGUGCAGCGGAGUUUCACAGCUCAAGGAAGAACAUUUAUGAUCAUUACUUCAUGGAAAUGCAAUCAGACCGAGACGCUAAGGCAGAAGAACCACAGCGUCUGCAGUGCAAAAUGAUUAUUAUGAUGAUUAUUACUUCAUUGAAAUGAUCUGCUGCAAUCAGUGAUCGACUCGUCAGGGCUCCCCCGCAAACAAGCAGCUGCUGGAGGAGAGUGGGUAAGUUGUGUUUGGUGUCUUUGCCAAAGAAACCAGGCAAAGCUAAAAAGAUGCUUGAUGGCUAGUACUAUGGCGGGGACCCUAUAUGUGCUGUUGAUGAAGUUAGGUGCUGUUCUGAGCAUUACUUGUAGCUAUAAAGUGGCUUUUUGGUAAGAUUUGCACGUGGAGAUGUAGACCACUGUGUGUUGCUAUCAUGCGGUUGUGACUAAAGUUGGUAUAACUAGAAAGCAAAGCAGUCGGCAACAUUUAUCUUAUAGAGCGGGUGUCUAACUCGGUGUUACGUGUGUUUGACCAUAACUUAGAUCUACGCCGGAAUGUCCCUUUAAGCAGGUUUGAUAAGUGGCUGUUUAAAUUUUCAUUUAUUAAACAUUCGCCCACUUUUGGCCAAAAAAAAAGAGUGCUCCGAUGAAAAUGUAAAGUUGCCUGCAGGAACUUUUCUCCCACAAUCAUGAAACAAUUUAUCAUCAAACUUUAAAUGUAAAACUGAUUGAAAUCUGACCCUCUGACCCCUCCAGGAACCCCGGAGUCUCUGGCGGAGAAGGAGCUCCAGCUGUUGAUGAUGAUCAACCAGCUGAGCGGUCUGAGGGAGCAGCUCCUGGGAGCUCACUCGGAGCAGAGGAAUAUGGCCGCCCUGCUACUGGAGAAACAGCAGCAGCAAAUGGAGCUGGCUCGGCAACAGCAGGAACAGGUAACUACUGCUGGUGUCUAUAAGUAUUAAUGCAGCAAAUGUCUGAGGCGUGUGUUUUUAAUGUUACAGUUUCACAGAGCUGCUCUCUAUUUAUUUGCCACAGUGACAUAAUUUCACUCUGCUUUUCCACACUGCCUUAAGACCCACAAAGUUUUUCAGGAGUAGGAUUUGCUUGAAAGGAUUACUUUUUGGAUUAUUUACACACCAUGUUGGUCCACUUGUUUUUCUCAGAAAGCAAACAUGACGCAAUAAUCGAAUAAUAAGUCAGUCUGAAAACUGUUCCUAAAAUUUAUUUGAAGUCAAUCUAGACAGACCAAUGGUGCGUAUGUAGUAAAGGCCCCUCAGGUUUCAUUUUAUUAUCUCACAUUAUAAAUACCCUGUAUGGAGAGAAAGAUCUUUAUUAUGCUGGAAUAUCUUCUGUUCUGUGUUUGCUCAAUUCAACUGACGAUUAUUCAUGCAUGCACCCUACUUUUUUUCAAUGAAAAAAUACAAAUAUAUAAAUAUCAAUCUAGCACAACACAUUUGAGUUAUCUGCAUAAAUUCACAUGCAAACACUUUUAAGAAAAGUCAUGAAUCCCCAUCCCCACAAUAUUUUAUUUCACAAAGUUAUGUCAGUAAGAUUAAAAAAAAAAAAAAAAACUAAAUAAAUUAUUGCCUUUAUCUUUAAAGUUAAAGUUCAUUGCACAGGAGUUUUUACUGAACAACGUUUGUGUUAUAUCUUUUUUCUCUUAAGGUGAGUGUAAUAUACUAUAUUAUAUCAUCCAAAUAUGUAUCAAUAAAAGUCUGAGUUUCUCUGUACAUUUUAGUUUUAAAUCAUAUUUGAAUGAGUGUUUUUUUCUUCUUCUUUUUUUUAUGUGUGCGCGUGUGUGUGUCAUUUGUGUUUUUUUUUUGUUGAGAUAAGUAGAAGGCAGUCAGGAAUUUUGGGCAGAAAACGUGAUGCUGUAGGGGCUCAGGUUCUGUUCUUAAUUAAAACACUGAAAUCUCUGUACACAUGGUCAACAUCAUUCAGAAGACAAAUGUGACAGUAAAUCUGUUCUGUGUCUCAGAUUGCCAAACAGCAGCAGCAGCUGAUCCAGCAGCAGCACAAGAUCAACCUGCUCCAACAACAGAUCCAGGUCAGCCCCUCUCAAGACCUUACACACUCACAGCGGUCUGCACCACGGAUCAGACAUUUUCACACUGUGUCACAAAUAACAUGUAAGUGAUCUGUGUUUGUCCUGCCUUGUCCCAGCAGGUGAAUAUGCCCUAUGUGAUGAUCCCAGCUUUUCACCCCAACACGCAGCCCCUCCCCGUCACCUCUGAGUCCCAAAUGACCCUGCCGCUGCAGCCAAUCCCCUGCAAACCAGGUGAGCCUUUGAGAGUUAGUUGGGGGUACACUAGGAGGGGAUAUUCUCAAGGGUUUCUGCCUUGCCUCAUGUCUCUGGUCCAAUGUUUUGCUCUAGGAAACACAAUUAGCAGUUUAGCGAGCUGAUGUCAAUAGAGAUCACUAAAGAUGGUGGAUGAGCAGCACUCGUAUAGUGCUCUUUUCUUCUUAAGACCACUCAAAAGGCUUUUACAGUACACCCCCCAUUCACCCACUCCCACACACACUCAUUCAUACACCGUUUCAACCAACACAAAAUACACGUCUCCCUCGACAGGUUUCCAUUCAAGUUUGACGUUGAUGUAUUUCCACUCACCACUUUUGAAUGAAGAUUUGGAGCAGGGGUGUUUGUGAUUCACCUGCUGUUACUAAUUAUCCGGUUACCGUCGUAUCAGUGCAGGACAAGAAGACACAGGCAUGUGAUGUGGAAACACCAAGACAAUGUAAUGGACAUUUUUGUAGAUGCUUCCCUGUUGAGUUUCACCUGUUUGUUCCAUCAAAGUAAGGCCCGGACUACACAUAGAUAUUUAUUUAUCAGGAUAUUUUUGUACUCCCGUCUAAAUAAAUGUAUCUGUCCACACGUGUUAGUUCUCAAAAAAAUCUGCGUCCACACGUAGCCUUCAAACUCAAUCCUAUCUGGUGCCGCUUUAAAAAAAUUCAGGAACAAAGCUACCUGAUUGGCCGAUGAAUCGUAACAGAGUGAUGCGUCAUGCAUUGUUUGCGGAAGCUACGCUAGUGCGUCGGGUCCAUGCGAUGAACCGUAUGACCAAUAAAAAUAUUGGCCGCAGCAGACGCCUCUGUGAGCUGGUUGACCGGUGGAUGUAAUUGUAUAAAACAAGGCUCACUUGCAAGGCUGAAAUUAGCCCCAAAAGGGCAAAACAAACGUAAAGAAUACCCUGUCUGUCCGCCAUCGUUGUUGUUUUUCUUUUUAAUUCGCAUGCCCGUUUUUUUCGGAUUCAGAUUUAUCCGGUUUGAGUGCUCCAAACUCCCGUUUUGGUGUGGUAGGGAGGCCUAAUCGGACAUAAAUAUGUGCAGUUUGAAAUAUAUCUGCAUUCGUGUAGUUGGGGCCUAAGAGUGCUGCUGUCAAAGACACUGCUGGGUGGAGUGAUAACAGCCGCCCUUGUUCAUAUGUUCAUACGCUGUUUACAAGUUUCAGAACAUUUGACAGAUGUGUGACAUUAAUCCCCUCACUGCUCCAAGUCAACCCUAGACUCAUGUAUUUGUAGGUUAGUCGACUAACUCCAGAAUGCAAAGUCCACCAAUAUGCACAGCAUUUGUUUGCUGGCACAGCAGGAAUAGGAGGCUGCAGUGUAUUACCACUGAAAAGAAGAAAAUGUAAGAUCUCUUAAAAGUGAAAUUAUAUUAUUUUAUUACAAAAAAACAACAAAAAACACUGAUUUUAAAUUAUUUUAAACAGGUUUGAAAAAGUAGAUGACUUGAAACUUGAGACACAUGAGACUACAGACAAUUGAAUUUCCCUCGGGGAUUGAUAAAGUUCCUGUCUUGUCAUGUAUUAUUUGUUUUAAGGAUUCAAAACACCGUGAAGCAGUUCUACUAAAACAAGGCUGGAGAGUUUUCACAGAAACAACCAUCAUCCUUUGUGCUGAGUGUACAAACAUACAUGAUGGAUGUCGUAGAACAAGUCAGAUCACAUUACUCAUUGAGCUAUCUUCGACAAAUGUAAACUUGCCCAUAUAUGGCUGCCUAACGAGCUUUUAGAGUGUCCUAAUGUAUAACACAGGAAACCAAAACUGCACAGCUUAAUCCAGCGUCUAUGUACAAUAGGACUCGGCGAUUAUAUGAUCGUGAUAAAUUUCAGUUCGAUCACGAUGAUCAGCUGUGAGCAUAUUUACUCAAUCAAACAUAGAGAUAAUGUGCGUCACAACAGCCAAUCAGAGUCGAGCUUUUUCUGCUCACUACUGUAAGUUGUCGGAGAAGUAAACAGGAUGACCGAACAUGGAGCUAAACGCUGAGACUUUGAGUUAUUCUCCGAAGAUGUUAUUGUUGAAAAGUUAUUGUUGAAAAGGUUGUUCGUGUAUCUCCAAAGUGACGUCGAGCAAUUAAGCCGAUGUGCGAGGUAUGUCGGUGAAUUUGCUUUGUUAUUUACUUUGUAUGUUAAUAAAAUGUUCAACUAACUAAACUAGUUUCUUUAGUUUUUAGUACAGAUGCUUUAAAACAGGCAGUUAAAAAAAUCGUGAUAAUAAUCGAGAUCGGAUGAUAUGACAAAAUAUAUCAUGAUCUUUUUUUUUUGCCAAAUCACCCAGUUCUAAUGUACAGGCACCUUAAAUCAGCUUCAUUCACCCCGAUGGACACGGUCAAGUCUGUGUUCAGUCUUUAAGUUACUGCCUUUUGAUAAUCCUCCGAGGUUUCUCUGUGCUCAACUGUUUGUCCUGGGAACAUCAUAGAUUUUGUCAUGUCUGUUUUUACACAUCUGCUGUUCAGAAAGAACGACACCACACCUGCAACAGUAGCUGAGCGCUCUAUCUAAAAACUUUAUGCUGCAAAGUUUAGGCCACAAAAACAGCGUCAAGACUCAGAGCUGAUGCCGGAACAUCUUCUGCACUUCAACUCAAGGUCUGUUUUACAGAAAACAGACAGGCAUUUGUGGGAUAGAGACGCAGACUUCAGUUGAACAAUAUCGUGAUAGUUCCUUUCAUACACUUGUGCUUGCACAGUUCGCAGGCUAUAGAGGGCAUAGCUCAGAAAGCUCUGUGCGUGCUUUCACAAGUCUUAAAAGCUGAGCUUGUAUGUGACCUUGUCUCCUCUAUCUUUUCAAACCUAAAAGACGCAAGGCCAGGCUUUAAAACAUUGAAGGUGGAAUUUGAGGAUAACCAUUUAUUUGCUUUCUGCAGAAUUUGAGUGGAUGUGUGUGAGUGCUUUGGAGUGUUCUGGCAGAUGAAUAAAUAAAGUAAAGAAACGGUUGGGUUUUGUAGAAGAGGUCAGGUAAAGUCAGCUAUUCGAAGGCGUUUUUUAUUCGAAGAUAAAGAUGGUAAAGUGAGCUAUGCUGUUUAUUUUCAUUUGGUAGAGCCGCUCUGUUUGUUCGCUCUUAACCAUGUGAAAACAGAAAAAAAACAUUCUUGAUUCACAGCUAUUUGAAAGAGCUCCGAUUUGAAAGGACUGACUCUUCCUUUCUCAAUCUAUGAAGCACAUUUGUUAGCUCUAUUUAUUUCCUGCACAUUUUCUUUGACAAGCUGACAUCAAUCUUUUGUUUAUAUGCUGACAUAACUGCAGUGACACUUUACAGAAUUAGAAACAAAAAAACAAAGUCCCAGGAUUUCCCACCUGUGUAGUCCAGCCUCUGCACACUCACAGGGUCCCAACAAUCAGCACAGCUCAGAAGUUUUCCUCACUUUGUACCGAUAAAGGAAACAACAACAGCCUACUUCACUGAGUGGGCUAAGCUUGAGGUCAUGGCCUGUUGUGCUUUACACUGUGAGCUCAAGGUUGGGUGAAAUAAUCAUAUGCUACAGUGUAUUAAAAAAUAAGUCUCCUAGGAGAGAUCUGACCAAAGAUGAGGUUGAUUUUUCCUCCUCUAUGUUGUGUUUGGUCCCCGAUCACUCAAUGUUUGUACCCGUUGAAUCUCCUAAAAUGCUCCCAAAAAAAGGAAAUUAGUAGUGAUGCAUCUUUUUGACGUGUAAUUAAAGACAUGUCUGAAACUGCUGUGAGGGAGUAGGUACGCCGGAGAAACAGCCCCAGUUACUCAUGGUGAGCAAUGAAUGUUACUGUAGAUAGAGGAGGCGAGUUUGUGGAAUAACCCCACAUCACAAGAGUGAGACAAAAUCAGAAACAAUACUAGAAAAGCACUCGGAGAGCGCAGACCUGCGCCAAGCAGCUCAUGUCCUCCCUUAUAUUGUGAUUCACACCAAAACUUUUACUUUUUAUUAACGUUUAUUUGUGUUUAAACUGGUAUGUUCACUGUUCAUAAUGUUCCUAAAAUAAGAAAUACCCUGACCCGGAUUCGAACCCAGGACCUUCUUGCUGUGAGGCGACAGUGCUAACCACUACACCACUGUGCCGCCCAUUGGUUAUCUUCCAGCAUUGAAAAUUCCAACGACACCCUUAUUUUUGUGUGUUCUGGAUCACAGUAUCCAGAAUUUUGUCCUGAUCAGGAUCCUCCUUUGACACCUCAUAAAACUCACUGAGAUCCUUUUGUGUCAUUUUUUACUAAAGACUCUGGACAUUUUUAUAGAGUUAAAUGCAAAAAUUCCCAAAUUUGCCCUAUCUCACAACGAUAAAGAAUCCUUCAAAAAAUUCCUGGAUCCAGAAGGCGAUCCAGAUCACCACCAAAAUGUAAUGGGGUCCUCCUGGGGCUGAUAAUUUCAGGUCAAUCCGUCUGUAACUUUCUCCAUAAAGUUGCUAACAGACAAACAAACAAACCAAUGCUACCGAAAACAUAACCUCCUUGGUGGAAGGGUUACCACUUUGUCCAUGAGGGGGUGCCAAAGUCAGCACAGGCAGAAAAUCACUCAUAGGGGCUUUAAAUCUCUCCAAAAAUUCUAAAUAAGUUUGAACAUGAACAUAUAAGACUUAGAAAAAAACAUGUUUUUAUGUAAAAACCUGGAACAAGGAUAAUGGAGAGUCUAAUUAUGACCAAAAGCAGCAUGACAGCAUGUUCACUGACGAGAGCAGCCAUCAGUUAAGAGACAACUGACUCUAUUAUUAAGCAACAGCUUUUCUACUGAUAAAGAAAGGAUUAUGACUGUUAUGAUCUUGAGUUUUACUGAAGUUUCCACAAGUUUCUGAGUGUGAAUUGUAACUUUGAGAGGUGUUCCAGAAAGCAGCUCAGAAUUUCUAACACUAACCCCAACUCCAGCCCUGACUUCAACCCUAACCCUCUGAGAUCAAAUUGAUACAACCAUAAAAGAGAUGACUGACAGAGUUAACCUGAACAGAAACCAGAGACUCUUUUUAUCAAGUGCUGGACGCGGAAGAUAAAAUGAAACGUUGAGAUUCUGUGCUGUUUGUAACGCAGAAAUGUUUCACCUCCUACAGCUGUGGACUAUCCCAUGCAGCUGCUGCAGAACCCUCAGCCCACCCCUGUCAAGAGGAGCAGCGGUUCCUCCUUCAGACAGGUACAAUAUCAUUACAGCGCCUUUGUCAGCCUUUCACAGUGUGAUUUGAAUGUAAAGACAUAUUUCACCAAGUCCCUGAAAGACAAACACUGACUGAAUACACACAUGUACAGAGAUUAAUAUGUCAGUGUCUUUGUUUCUUGUACAGAGAGUGUAUGUUCUGUUUUAAGGGACAUUAAAGAAAGAGACACCCUCCAGUAUAAACAGAUCAAGUACUUUUCAAGCACUCAGGAGGCUGAAAAAACUUUCUGACUCCACCACACCCUCUGUUCAAAGGUUUAACGUGUGUGGUAUAACUGUUCGUGAGUGCGCUCUUGUUGUGUGUGAAAUGUAGCCUAAACUGUAUUUGCACGGCUGGUUCUCAAGCAGAGAUCUAGCAACACGGCUUAAAUAAACAAAAGGGAAGAGAGGAUGAGGGGAACACGAAGACAAAGACCUGAGAUGCUUCAAAGGUGUGACGGAUGCGCUUCGACACGCCAAAUCUGCCGUGCAUAACUGGAAUACGCGCACACCCUCGCCCUUUGCGGUUACACCUGAAUGUGUGUGAGUCGCCCCACCCCUGCUCAUCUGCUCUCACUGUGUGUUUAGGAAGCCAGUCAGCCCUUGAACCUGACCUCCAAGCCAAAGGGACUGGAGCUGGGGAAGACGCCCAGUCCUCAGAGCCUGGAGCUGGGAUCACUGGCACUGCAGGGGGGGUAUAGACCCAGAGACCUCCACAGGGAAGUGUCCCACAGUCCACCCAGAUCUGCCCUCAGUGAGUUCUGCUGACUUACUUCUAUGAAUGAAAAGUGUGGAUGAUAGAAAAAGGGGUUAACCAUCUCUGCUCUUUUCAGGCGCUUCAUUUAAACUUUGAUUUGUUUUCUAGUUUGAAGAUUUUUGUACCUCUAAGUAAAUAUUAAACACCUUUAGAUUUUUGUAACAUAUGUUGAACUAUAUUAUAGUGGUUUUAAGAGUGGGAGUCUGUUUUAUUUGCAUACUGGGGCACACUCCUUGUAGUUUUGCCUACUUUCCCAACUAAAACGUCACAAACUGUUGUAACAACACCACAAAACAUCACAGUAACACUUUAUAUGAACCUGCUAUUUAUGAUGCACAAUCAUAAAUCCCUACAAAUACAUCUAUUAGGCUUUGUAGCAAUCCUUGUAAGUGAUUAUAAGUGUAACAAUGCAUCUGAAGUGUUAUAAGCAGAGAGAACUUACAACAUAGAAUUUAUUAUGGUAUUUUUUAACAUUGGCCGUACCAGGGUUUGGCAACCUGUGGCUUCGGAGCAGCAUGUAGCUCUCGCUGUGGCUCCCUGUUGAUUUGGAAAAUAAAUAAUAUUUUUUUUAAUUUAAAUUUAUUUUAUUUUAGUUGGUUAUUUUUUUAUGUAAUUCUAAAUUACAAGAUUAUGAUGCUCUUGUUACAUGAAGUAACUGUAAUAACUGUAUUUAAUUUUUUGUCACUCUAAAUAUCCGUUAGAACUGCUAACUUGCGAAAAUCGAAAACCUGCGUGAAAAUGAAGGCGACAUCACAAAGGUCUAACCUGGAGACGCUGUGCGCUGAGGUUCGGGAGCUAAAAUCACAUUAAAUAAAUAUUUUAAUCGGCUAUUAUAUUGCUAAUGUAUAUCUUACAUUGUUCAGUGAAAUAGUGUUUUUUUAUUCAGGUUGACUGCUGACUGCACACUCCAAUACAGGACACAUACUUUUGUUUUUAGGCAACCCUGGGCUGUUCAGCUCUGGGACAUUAAUGUCUUUGGGGACAUGAUGAAAGUUAGUAUCAUAAUCAGCUUUCUUACGAACAUUGCAAUCCGCUACCGCACACGCCUGUUUCACGAUUGUCCUCUCUACUCCCUGAGUCUGACCUGCGUAGAGGGGCUCCGGGGAUGGAGCUUAGGGUUGUAAUUUAGAAAAUAACACUGUGUCUGAAAGAUUUUCACAGCAAUUUGAAUGCAGAAAUACUCAGAAAUGCAAUUCUGCUCUUACUUUGAUAUGUCCUCUAGAAUCAGAAAAAUGCCACAUGAACAUGUAGACAACAAGAAAAACAUGAUUUUCAUCAGAGUGGGUCUUAAAUUGGUGGAAAGUGUUCUGUUCGACGCUGCAGUCUGAACAAACUGGUGAAAAAGUCUGGCUCUGUGGUUGGAUUCAAAUUGAACUCAGUGGAGGAUGUGGUGGAGAGACUGACACUGAGGAAGGUGGAGUCUAUUCUAAAGAACAUGGAUCACCCACUUCACAACACUUUGAUGGACCAAAGGGUUAAUGGUGGUGGACGGCUCCUCUCUCUUCACUGCAGGACAGAGAGAUUCAGAAGAUCUUUUGUACCAACAGCCAUCAGACUUUAUAACUCUUUUGUAAAUAGUAAAAAACUUUUAGAGAUCUAUUAUGUGAGAAAACAGACAAAUGAAUUUCCCUUCAGGGUUUAACAAAGUUCUUGUUCUUUUUCUUAAGGUUAGUUCAAACCGUUCAAAAUAUUUAGUUUAUUUAGUUUUCUCGGCAGCAGUUCAUUUAUUUCAUAAAUGCAACACACGACAGUUUUUUUAUAUACUUUGCAAAUAAGUAAAAAAGCGAUAUAUGAAGUGUUUAGAUGUCAAAGGUUUUUUUGUGUCUCCCUGUGUUUUCUUUUCUGUGGGAAACUGGUCCAAAUGGCUCUUUGAGUGUUCAAGGUUGCCGACCCCUGGGCUAUACUAUCUAGAUGAAAACCACUUUAAUAACCCACUUCUCCUGGCUGAUCUUUCUUGGUCGUGUGUUUUUGUUGUAAGGUUUCCUCGGGGAUGGAGACGUGGUCACCCAGGCCAUCCAUGAUGCUCAGCUGCUCCUGAGGAGCCACAGCACAGGAGGGCGAGACAGGGAGAGAGAGCGAGAGAAGGACAGCACUGGGAAGAUGGUGAGCAUGUGGUCCAACUAUACACACACACACACACACACACACACACACACACAAAGUGACUGUUGAGAGUCUGGGUCAGUCAUCAAUGUCAUUGUGUAAAUGUGACAGCAAAUAUGAGAAGUUUGAAUAUUGUGAUCAAUCAUGACAUAAAAGACACGAUGAAGCCAUUUUUACAGGAUAUGAUCACAACAUGACUCAAUCAAACUUUCACCUCUAAGGGCUCUAUUUUGGUGCCUCGCCGGAGACGUGGUGCAGGUGCAGCGUACGUCAGGUCCGCCGCGCCGACAAGGUGUUCCCAAGCACAAUUUGGUAUUUUGGUGAGCGGACCUCGGUGCGCCUCAGUCCAUGAAAAUACCAAACUGGCUGUACGCCGGGCUCCGCCAGACGGAAAUACCACUGCACGGGGUCCAUCCCGUCACCGGCGGACACGAAAAUAGAGCCCAAAGAGAUGAAUUUAAUAGAACUUGGUAAAAUGAGGAGAGAAAAUUAAAAUUCACCUUAUUUGCUAUGGGAGCACAAGAAUUCCUUUUUCAUUGUUUCAACAGCUGAGCCUCAGUACCAAUGGCUUCUCCAUCAUCCUCUUGUGUUUUUUUAUUACUCUCAUUUGUCCUCCUGGCUUUAAGUGAUUUGGACGUCCAGAUUCUAUUUCAUAUCAAACUUAUCUGAAAUAAGUUUUCUAUAUUUCACUGAAAAUGUUUGACACAAAUCAUGGCUCUGAACUUUUUGACGGUUGCUAUUUUUCAUAGAUGUUAAUGCUGCAGCAUUUAUGGGAGGUGUCACAAGACCGUACACACUGUACAGUAUAUACAUCAGUAACUCUAAAGCCGAGGAACCUGAGGGAUAUGGAAAUGAAAUCGUCUCUGCAUUGUUUCUAUAACCCAGCCAUUAGAAAAACAGCUUUUACAAAGUGCUUUGAAUCGGCUCCUGUGGUGAUGUAACAACAGGAGUGAUUUGCAGGAGCAUGAAUACAAAACCAUUCCUGUGUCUAAUCUGCAAGUGAUCUCAGAGAUGCAACCACAGCUGCAACACUCACACAGCUACCCCCCAUCCCCCCUAUCCCCCAUGUUCAGUGUCAGAUUCUGUAUCAUAUGUGUAGCCUACUGGAGCAGGUUCUUCUGGAGGGCUUGCCAUAAUUGUUUCGUGUUCUCCAGCUCUGCAUUUGUCUGCGCAGUCUUCCAUCCUCAGACAAUUUUCGAGUAACCAUUCAACGCGAGGUGUCAUGAUCGUAACAUCCCUGCCCGCUCAGACAAAGAGGUUAAAAACUCAGCAGUUGCAGAUCUUCCACAGAGGCUGAGAUUUUGUGAUGGAUCAAAAACUUUCUCAUAAGACAGCCAGGAUUUGUUGCUAAAAGAUAGAAAUACAAUUACAUAGGACCUUUUAAAGAUAGCCAAAACUUAUAAUAUAGGCAAAUGUUUGAACUAUUUUGUUUCCUUCAUUUUCACCGAGUGAGAAAACAAAACAAAAGUAAUGUCACAAGUUAAAGACCUUAGCAAUAAGCUAAUAAAUCACCUGAAGAUUUGUAAAGCUUAGAGGAGCUAAUUCGACAAAUGUGGGCCCUACAAGGUUGUUGCAUUGCCAUGUGAUAAAUAAUAACAAUUACAAAGUGAAUACACACCAGUUAAAGUGGAAGACAGUACAGUUUAUUUCCUUGCAAGAUCUUGUGAUUAUUAGUAAAUUACCAAAGAUACCAAAUCUGGCUGGGUGGGGCUCGGAUCUAAAAUUGCUGCUUACUUAACAGAACAGGAUAUGAAUGAACAUUUCAAGUGGGUCUGUUUCUCUCUGACUGACCUCCAGCAGGGUUAUCGGGGGUUAGACUCAGGUGUAGGGUUACAGGGAGUCCUGCCUCUGAGGAUUUAACCCACUAAAGAACAGCCCAGCUGUAGUGAAACCCCACACAGAAGCACAUUGUUGCAGUGCAGGCCUUCAGGUGUUUCAGUGAACAGAUGGAAACAUAGAAGUCAUGUUUAUUUUGUCUUCAGUGUUAAUAAUGAAUUGAUGUAUUUUAUGGUUUGUAUCGACUGCUGUGAAUCACUUUUUUUUGCAAGUACAAGUACUGAAGUGAAAAUGUGUUGCCUUGUGUGCACAGCUGCAUCUUUUUGAAGCAUUUAACAGUUUCACAUUUCAUCCACAAAUGGGCUCUAAACUCAGGUUCUUGUAAAAAUGGUCUUCUAUUCUGGUCUUGGUUUUCAGUCUUUGAGGUGGCUCGAGCUUUAGUCUCAGCCUCGUCCCGGGGCAACAGCUGUUGCAGCCUCACAAUACCACAAAGGCUUCAGUGUGGCAUUGACUGAGCCACCUGCCUUCUCUCUUUGUCCACAGUAAUACUGUACUGUGAGGCUCUCCUCCUCCACCUCCUCCUCCUCCUCCUCCUCUCCUGCAUUAUCCUGCUCCAUCUCCUCUACCUCUGCUGCCUCUUUAACACCAUCACUGACCUGUUUUGGUAUCACACUCCACUGCAUGAGGAUAAAUGAUAAUUUACAACACGGGUAUGGAUGAUGGGAAAGCCGAUAGUGUGAUCUUUUUGCAAAUCCAGAGUUGUAACAUUCCUGACUCUGCCUUUUCUCCUUCACCUUUCCUCCCUCGAACAAUAAACACCAUUCUUUCCCCUCCUCCACGGUGCUGUACCUUCCUUUCUUUGCAUUUAUAGCUCUGUAUUUAAACAGCAGCUGAUAAAGCCAGCAUGCAUCUUUACCUUAAAUAGCACUGUAUGUAGCCCAUGUGUGCCCUGCACACGCCGCAUGAACGUCGGGUCAUCUUUUUAUUGCUGUCGAAAUUCAAAUCGUCCCUUUGUGCUUGAGUGUGAAAAUUUGUGUAACUCUGGUGCAUGCCUGACUUCAUCUGUCUUUGUCUUUUUUAUGUCUGCAGGAGUACAGUUCUCCGUGCAGGGAGAGAAUUUCUCACCCUGAGCGGCGUGAUGACAGCCAAGGUCUGCCGCCCACUGAGGAACACCUCAGCAGUGACUCUGAGGGUAGGAGUCUUUGAGGCAGUGUGUUUACAGUAGCAUUUAUCCACAGUGACACUGCCAUGUUGAUAUAAUUUGCUGUCGCCUACAGAUUUGUCAAAGUCAGGACUAUAUUUUGAGAGUGCGUCAAAAAAAAACAAACUUUUAGCAUGUUCCUCAGAGAGCCCGUAUAAAAGUUCCACCUUGAACCUGUUCAGAGUUUUAUUCAGACUCACACAUAUUGAAAGAACAUAAUCGAAAAGACAUACAAAUUUUUCUACAGCGAACUUUAUUAUUCUUAAAGUUUCACCUGGAACCUUCUUAAUGUCUGUGAGGGUUCUGUCAAGACCCUGGGAGCAGCUAUUAAUGCUAUAACCCCCUUGUUUCCUGAGGUUUCGAUAAAGGACCAUACUUGAACCCCAUAUUAGCCCAAAUACCAACUCUAAUACUCUGUGUUGGAAGACAUCCGUUUUCAUUAAUCGUAGACUUUGUUAUAUUCCUAAUUAGUGAAUUGGGUAUUUAAAACUCAGGGAACACUUUUUCUAAAUAAAGUUUGUACAAAGUCUAAAGGUUAUUCUUCAGCUUGUUCUUAAACAGGAAAAUUGUUCACAGGGCUGGCUUUAGACAUUUUGGUGCCCUGGGUGGGUGACUUCAUGACCCCCCUUGCCUUUAGAUUGAACUCCCUAACAUUGGGGUUGCAGCUGCUGUGUAUCCUUUGGCAUAUAAGCGAUAAUGCAACACAAACCUUGUUAACAUCUCUUUUAAAGAGGUUUCUUCAUUACGCUAAUGUAUGAAUGUAUGGAAAUACGAUGAGGCUCUUUUGGAACAGUUUGGGUGUUAUUGGGGGUCGCUCCUACUAAAAAAAAUCUACUUUAAAGUCCCACUCCAUCCUUUUCCCCCCUCUUUUCAUUUCUACAUAAAGUGUCCUCAGUGGUCGUUAAAUUGUGAUCAUGAAGUUUUAAGCCCAAAUCACGUUACUUGUGUCAUUUUCAAAGGCUUUUUGGUAACCCUUUCUUUUACGGUACACUUAUUACCAGGUAAUUAACAGGUAAUUACCUAGUAACAACAUGAAAUUAUCUGGUAAUUACAUGAUAACUAAAAAAGCAAUACUGUCCAGUUUUUCUUUUUUCUGUGCAGCUCCAUUUUCAAAAGCUAUUUGGGGUUCUUAUUUUCUAUGAUUGACACUUGAUACAGCCUAUGGGCGUGCAAAGAUUGCGUAGCGAUACGCUGUCACCCGCCGAAUGCGUACAAUGCUACUGCGCAAGAGGUGGUUCAAGGAAGCAGAGAAAAUCCUGGAAAUACCAGAGCAACUCAGCUUCAAAUUUGUGUAAUGAUGGAAGCUUACCUACCUGGUAGCUAGACAGUAUUGACUUAGUAGUUAUCAUGUAAUUACCAGAUAAUUUCAUGUUGUUACUAGGUAAUUACCUGUUAAUUACCUGGUAAUAAGUGUACCGUAAAAGAAAGGGUUACCGGCUUUUCUUCCUCUGAACUCCAGUAGCUCAUGAGUCGUGCUGUCCUAUAUGGACUGACAAUAAGACGAUCUAUAAUGUUUAUUAAAGUUAUGAUAACAGCGCUAUAUCUAAGAGUAACAUUUGUGCCAGGUGGAUCUUAUUUUAGCUAACGAAACAUGCGAGUUAAUGGGAGACAUUGUUUUUUUUAUGGGUGAUUUUUACACGUUUAUUGAAUGAUUGGCCAUUGUGCAAGACCAGUGUAUCAAAGUAUAACUCCAUACAGAGAGGCAGUGAACAAAAAGAGAAACAGAGCAGCAGGUAAAUCUAUGGACACAAUUCUCAGAUUCAGACUCUAAAAUGGCAAAAGCCGCAGUGAAAUAGCGCCUUGCCAGAAAUCCGGUGCCCUGCUGGAGAACCUUGAACCCUGUGCACUAGACAACCAAGUGCUGCCCCGGCAUGUGUCAGGAAUCUUAGUUGACCACUGUGAAAAAAUGAAGGCGUUAGCUUGUUUACUUUCUAAUGUCGACAAAUUUAAACUAAAUUGUGCAAACAUCUGUUUCCCACGGCCGCUCAUGAGGUCUGUUUUCAGGAGGGGGGUAAGAAGAAAAGAUAUAAUUAAGGAGGAAUGGUGAACAUGUUCCAUACCCAGCAGUUUGUUGUGGUCAUCCGACUAAAACCCUCUUUCCUGUAGGUGCCCUGCCCGUCUCAGUCUCAGGCAGCUAUGCUGAAGCCCGGCCCCCUCCCUCCUCGGGCCACAUAAAGAGACCCAUGAAUGCCUUCAUGGUGUGGGCCAAGGACGAGCGCAGGAGGAUCCUGCAGGCCUUCCCCGACAUGCACAACUCCUCCAUCAGCAAGAUCCUAGGUUAGUGUGUGUGUGUGUGUGUGUGUGUGUGUGUGGGUGUGGGUGAGUGGGGGGUUAGUCUGUGUCUCUAUUCUGAGACUCUGCCUGGCACAUGUGAGGGCACAAACAGCCACCUGCUUCUCCCAGCAGACAAACACACACAAACAAGCACACACCCAAACACACUGCCCUGAAUCCUUCCCUUUCCCCGACACAAACACUGACAUUCCUUUCUAUUGUGGUGAACUUGUUGUUGUGAGCAACCCGUCUUCACACUGACUCACACAUGCAGGAAAAUGAUGCACCGUCACAGUUUAUACAUUCUUCAUUCACAUAUUCUUCAUGCUUUCUCUAUUCCUCCCCGUUAAAUACAGAUCUUAAUGAUUCCUUUCGUGGAGCGCACUAAAAAACAGAUCUUUGUACGUUAAAGUCUGUUUUCACACCAAUCACUCUGCCAGAUAAUCUUGCACCUCCAUGUUGGAAGGUGCAUUAACACCCUCACACCAAGACUGAACUGAUCUCAAAUCACAACACCUUUGUCUGUUAAACAUCUGCAUUAAGAGGGUUUGUUUUCAUGUAUCAGAGUCAAAAUAACCGAAUCAUAGUAACAAAUCUUCACGAAUGAUUUGGAGGAUAAAAUGUUCUGAAUAGAUUUUUACUUGUGAAUAUCAUAUAAUGCAAAUAUCUAAUCAGCCAAUCACACGGCGACAGCUCGAUGCUCUAAGGAACAUAUCUGUUAAAAUCCAAACUGAGCGUCAGAACAAAGAAGACACAAAGGUGAUUUGUGUGACUCUGAAUAUAGCAGGUUUGUUGGUGCCAAACAAGCUUCCCGGUGUAUUCAGUAAACUGUUGAACUGCUUGAGUUUUUACACCCAACCAUCUCUGGGGUUUAUAAACAAAGGUCCAAAAAAGAGAAAAUAUCCAAUAGGUGGCAGGCCUCUGGGGGAAAACACCUGGAUUAACAGGUUGGAGCUGAUAUAAAGGCAACAGUAGCAAAAAUAAACACUUGCAACAACCAAGGUAUGCAGGAAAUCAUCGCUGAAAACAGCAACCAGUUGAAUCUUCAAACAGAUUGGCUUCGGUAGCAGAAGACGACUAAAAGAUUAGAAACCUUCCUCUGGUCUGAUGAGUCUAGAUUUCAGCGUCCACAUUCAGUGGUGGGUCAGAAUUUGGUCUAAUCAACACGAAAUCAUGGAUCCAUCCUGCUGGGGCUGUUUUUGGUCCUCAGCAUGUUCACGGCCCCUCGAUGCCACUGAGCAUUUUCACUGUGGCCUUACAUCCUGCCUUACCUGCCUGAAUGACAAUUCUUCUUGAAUUCUGCUUGCAUGCACAGAGGUCUAAAGAGUGGUUACAUUUAAGCUAAAGAUAGACGCCAAAUGCAUUUUAUGUUACAAAACAGUUUCUUGCAAGGAGGAACACAACCUCCACGGCGAAGCACAUCAGCAGUGUGCAUGAAAUCCCGCCCAAAUGCUGUAACUUUGGCUGUUAGCAACUCUGUCAACUCAGUCUACUGCUGGUGCUGCUGCAGGGCUGCCAUCCCCCUCCUCUGCCAAAGCAGUUCGGGUAAUCAUCAGUUAAAAAUCAUAACAUAAUAAUAAUAAUAAUAAUAAUAAUAAUAAUACGUUUUUACAAAGUUUACGAAGUUUACAAAGUGCUUUGACAACAGCUGCAAGCACAGAACAUCAUCACAUGAAAAUAAAAGCAAAAGCUCAGUUAAAAACAAGGCCUCCAAAUUGAAGGCCAGUUUCAUUUUUCAUAAGAAACCCAGUUAAUACAAGAACCCUUCAACAUAAAAUGAGACCAUGAGGACCAAAAUAAAAACAUAAAAUAGGUAAGAAGAAGAAUGAAAUAGAAAAGGAGGGCAGGAAGCAGGAAACAGGAUACGUAUAAAAGAGGAUAAUGAUAAUACAAUCAUAAUACAAUAAUAAUGAUGGUAAUAUUAAUGAUAAGAUAGAAUAAUAAAAAUGAGCAGGAAAAUGUUAUAAUCAUCUAGGGGUGGGAGAAAAAAUCGAUACAGCAUAGUAUUGCGAUAUUUUGUCUGGUGAUAUAUCGUAUCGUCUCAUUUACCAAGUAUUGAUUUUUUCAAAUUAAUUGUUUAUAUGAAGUCAAAUCUGUGAUAAUGGAAGAAUAAAAUCAACUGUUUGUCCAGUGAGGUUGGCAGAGGUGACGUCAUAGAGCAGGAGGAAGUUAGAACAACAAAUAUAAAUACUUACAAGGUUUGCAAGAUUUGCUUCAUGAAAAUAAAAUACAGUGUAAAUAAGACAAACAUAAAGGAAAGACAAAUGCUAAAUCAGCCAAACAUUUGAAAAAAUUGUAUAAAUCGCAAUAUAUAAUAUCGCAAUAUUCACUGUAUUGCAAAUGUUUAAAAUCACAAUAAUAAAGUACCGUGGCCCAAGUAUCAUGAUAAUAUCGUACUGUGGCGCCAUUGUUGAUUCCCACCCCUAUAAUUAUCCGGAUAAGGGUUUGUUAGUUAACUAAUCAAGGUGGCAUACUAUGUUAAGAGUUCAAGGUCAGGUCGGUAUAACGAGAAAUGAGCAAAAGUGAAUACUAGGUUGACAGGAUGUGUUCAAAUAUCAUGUCCAGAGAAAAGGAAGAUUGUUUUUUGCAGAAUAACCUGAAUAAAUAGAAUAAUGACGACAGAAGAGACAUGAAAGUGGUGUUGAUGAGGACUCAGAUCUUCAUGGUAUCAGUUUUACAAGCAGAAAACGAGUGUACAAAGGUGUGUUUAGUUUAGGAGCUGUGGAUCCCUGUUGGAGUCGAGCUAAGUGCAUCACUGGAUCUAAUUUGAGGUGUACAGUUUAAGGGGUGGUAAAAAUUGUAUUUAAUUUUAUCUACAUUUUAUGUAAUUUGUUUUUACAGAGUGACUUUAAAGUGCAGUCUUUGAAUAACUAAAAUUCAAGCUCACACUCUCGCCUGCUUUCAAAUUUUCAAGCAUGCUGUAUUUCAGGCCUGACUUGCUGCUUCUGUGUGUUUGUAUCCUCAGGCUCCAGGUGGAAGUCUAUGUCCAACCAGGAGAAGCAGCCUUACUACGAAGAGCAGGCCAGGCUGAGCAGGCAGCACCUGGAGCGAUACCCCGACUACAAGUACAAACCACGGCCCAAACGCACCUGCAUCGUGGAGGGACGGAGGCUGAGGGUCGGGGAGUACAAGGCCAUGAUGAAGAGCCGCCGGCAGGAGCAGAGAGCGACCUACACACACAGGUAGACCCAGUGUGUUUCAUCUUUGAGAUACUGAGGGAAACGUUGUCCCUGGUAGACAUCAAGAGUUUGCUUUGCAGUUCUAAACAUUGAGGACAAUACCUGCAUUUUCUGAGGCAUCUUCUUAUUCUUGAAAACAUAAACAAAAGUGGCGCUUGAGUUUUUGACUCUGUCCUCCACAAUGACAACUAGAGAAGCACUCGGAGAGCGCAGACCUUCGCCAAGCAGGUCAUGUCCCUCCUUAUAUUGUGAUUCACACAAAAGCUUUUACUGUUACGUGUCUUUUAUUAUCGUUUAUUUGUGUUUAAACUGGUAUGUUCACUGUUCAUAAAUGCCCUGACCGGGAUUUGAACUCAGGACCUUCUUGCGGUGAGGCGACAGUGCUAACCACUACACCACUGUGCCGCCGAUCUACACCACUCUGCCACCCAUUGAAAAUUCCAACGACACCCUUAUUUUUGUGUGUUCUGGAUCACAGUAUCCACAAUUUUAUCCGGAUCACCACCAAAAUUUAAUGGGAUCCUCUUGGGGCUGAGACGCACCUCUGGUGAAAAUUUCAGUUCAAUCCGUCUGUUACUUUCUCCGUAAAGUUGUUCACAGACAAACAAACUCACAAACAAACAAACCGGCGCUACCGAAAACACAACCUCCUUGGCGGAGGUAAAAAGCACCCCUCAUUGUUCCUGUAAACUCCUACAACUAGUUAAGCUGAGGAGUUUGAGGAUGUUUACAUCAGGUGGAUCUGAGUGUUAUUCAGCCUCUUUUUUUUUCCCAGUCUUUUUAUGAGGAUUAAAUGUAUAAGAACAUCACAGUGGCCUUUGCUUUUAUUCCUUCUUAUUUAUUCCUUUAACGGCUCAGGGCUCUUAACCAUUCAGUAACUGCACUUCUCCGCCCACCUCUAAAAAAAGACAUUAUAGCUGCAUGAUUGCACAGAAUUGAAGGUUGUUCUUAUACUUAGAAGUUCUCUGUAUCUUUGUAUUGUGUGACCUGUUGAGAGUAAUCAAACCAAACAAACCUGACAUUAACUAACACACGUCACUCUGUCUUUUUAGCCAAACAGAACCACAGCAGAUCCACUACCCCCACAACGACAGCCAGUACCCGGGUAACCCAGGCUCAGUCUCGGUGGCAGCCAUGCCUUUUCACCCUGCAUUACUGGAGCAUUACCUGCCCCAGGUCCCACCUGCCCCACGUCGAGUGGAGGGCCAGGCCAUGCCCACUUCCCUACCCAGAGAAAGAGAGAGAGAACGAGAACGAGAGAGGGAACGAGAGCGAGAGCGAGAGCGACCCCCGUACAGCGAAGGAGAGGAAAGUGAUGGGGGAGAGAGGAGUGAAGGGGAACUGGUGCUCCUGACAGACUGA